AUUUUUGCCUCGUAAUGAGCAAAACACUCUUCAUAAACAUAUAGUGGCCAUAGGUGCUGCGGGCUUUUCUUUCGGAAGGGGUGUCUUCACAUUUUGGCAGCUGCUGAGAUGGGUUUCGAGGUGUGUGGACCGAAUGAAGUUAUGGUUGUUUCUGGUUGCUGCCUGGGAAGAUCAAGAUACCUCCCAGGUGGCCGCAUCUUUGUUUGGCCUGGCAUUCAGAAAUUACAAAGAAUGUCCUUGAACACUUUGACCUUGUCAAUUGAGAGUCCACAAGUAUACACCAAACUUGGGGUGUCUAUUUCCGUCACAGGUAUUGCGCAGGUCAAGAUUCAAGGUAGCAAUGAAGAAAUGCUGCAAGCAGCCUGUGAACUGUUCCUGGGCAAGAGUGAGAAAGAAAUCAAAGCUGUUGCCCAAGAGACACUGGAGGGUCAUCAGCGUGCCAUCAUGGGCAACAUGACUGUGGAGGAGAUCUAUAAAGAUAGGAAGAAGUUUUCCAAGGCUGUGUUUGAGGUGGCCUCCUCUGAUCUCAUCAACAUGGGCAUCUAUGUUGUCAGCUACACUCUGAAGGACCUUCGUGAUGAAGAAGGCUAUCUGAAGGCAUUGGGAAUGGCCCGUACAGCUCAAGUCAAACGAGAUGCUCGCAUUGGUGAAGCAGAGGCCAGAAGAGAUGCUGGUAUCAAGGAAGCUCUUGCUGAGGAGAAAAGGAUGGAAGCUAGGUAUGCUAAUGACAUAGAGAUCGCUAAAUCUCAGAGAGACUUUGAGUUGAAGAAGGCUGCCUAUGAUAUGGAGGUGCAGACUACUAAAGCUCAGGCUGAUUUGGCCUAUGACCUACAAGCAGCAAAGACAAAGCAGCGUAUCCGUGAGGAGCAGAUGCAGGUAACAGUCAUUGAGCGUGGGCAGCAGAUCCAGGUGCAGGAACAAGAGAUUGUCCGUCGAGAGCGUGAGCUUGAUGCUCAGGUUCGCAAACCUGCAGAAGCCGAAAAGUACCGCCUGGAGAAGCUGGCAGAAGCCAACAGAACGCGAGUCAUCUUGGAGGCCGAGGCUGAAGCUGAAGCCAUCCAGGUCAAGGGUGAAGCUGAAGCAUUUGCUAUUGAAGCAAAGGCACGUGCUGAAGCUGAGCAGAUGGCCAAGAAAGCUGAUGCCUGGAAAGAUUACCAGGAUGCUGCUAUGGUGGACAUGGUUCUUGAAACACUGCCAAAGAUUGCUGCUGAGAUUGCGCAGCCUCUGGCACAGGCGAAGAAAGUCACCAUGGUUUCCAGUGGCAAGGGAGAGGUGGGUGCCACUAAACUCACCAGUGAGGUCAUGCUCAUCAUGGAGAAACUGCCUCUCAUGGUGGAGAACCUUACAGGCAUCAACAUCUCUAAGUCCAUGAAAAUGAGUCAUCGUAAGUAAAGGGAAAUUCCUCCAUCAUCUCCUUUGUGGUAUGUGUUGGGACACAAAACAUAUGUUGCUGUUAUUAGUUGCAGCUGAAAUGGCAACAUUUUGUUUCUGUUUAUUUCUGUACACCAAUCUUUAGGUAUGGCCAGAAUUUACCAGGCUCAGAUUGUGAUUUAUCCUUUGCUAGCAACAUACAAUGGUCAACAGUCGCACUACUCUUAGGCAUAACUGUGCUUCGCUCACAGUGACUAGUGUCUUCAUGUAAAAGAAAUUAAAACGAGCUUGGAUUUAAACAAUCGGGAACAAGCACAUCAGGGAAACAUAAGAGUCUCAAAGAAAUUAGGGCUCUGGACAACUUGAACAUCUGAAUAGGAUGUCUUGCAUAUUAACCAUCUAAAACAUUUGUACAUCAAUUCACCUUAUUGUUAUUGUCUUUAUAAAGUCUCUUAUACUGUUCUUCAUAUGAUAUUGUUGAUGUAUUAUGAAUUUUUAUUAAUGUGUGAUUGUUAUUGUAUCAUUAGAGAAUAUUCGUAGAAUGCAUUUAAAUUGUCAUUUUCCACGUUUGAAAGAAUGCAUUUUUGUUUCAUGUGAUAUAUGUAAUAAUUCAAAACUUUUUUUUUUUUUUUUUUUUUUGCUUUACAGUUUUUAAUAACUUAUGUACGUGCAUAAUCCUUUUAGCACUUGUAAAAGAUGUUGGGGGGGGUGUGUGUGAGAAAAAACUUGAGUGAAUGAAAACUAUGUCGUAUUAUUUUGAUUAUUAUUAGAACAAAGUCAUUGGAAUAUAGAGAUUUCAAGAACAGUAAUUGCAAAUUUUAUAUAUAUUUUUAAGCUAGCAUUGCUAAUGUUUUAUACUUAGUAUUUUUUAAUUAAAUUUUGGUACUUUUUAAAAAAAACGACAAAUGAUUAGAGUGCUGAUAAACAGAAUACCAGUGCUCCUUACUACUUUUGUGGAUCAUGUUUCAUCAAAGCAUCAUUUCAUUUAGUAACAUUACAAAUACAAAUCAAAGCUCAUCAUUUGCAAUUUCAGAGAAACUGCAUUGUGAAGUUGCAAAAUAUUUCCUACUUGUCUAAGCAGUGACACAUUAUUGGAAUUUUAAAAGGACAGAUAAUAAAAUGUUCAGAUCUAAUUCCAUCCUCUGGAUCUAUUUAUUAAAAAAAAUUAGUGAUAAUUCUUAUAUUGCACCAAGUUCUAGCCAGAAGCUGCUCAACAUACACAAGACACACAUGCACAGCCUACCCCUUUGGUAGGUUUGCCUUUAAUGCACUUUAACAGCUGUUGCUAUUGUUUUUCUGAAUGUCCCAUUGUAAUUUAAUUUAUAAAUGUCUUCUUUAUAGUGUAAUUUGUAAAUGUAAUGACUUUUUCAUCUAAUUACACCUAAAGAGAUUCCAGUGGUUUUGGUGAGCAGGGACUGUGAGUAUCAAGUAGGAUAAAAGUAUACAACCUCAGUUAGGGCAUAGGUAUAUGAUUGUCUAGAUUAUCGAGCUACAUUUUUAUUUUUUUUUAAGUGUUUAUGAUUUCUGUAUGCUUGAUUAAGCCAAAUGUAAAAUUUUUACUUGCUCAAUCAUAUUGUUUCUAUAUGGUAUAAGAAAGAACUAAGCAUAUUAGCAAUUUUAGUGAAUGAAUAAAGUUUUUUUUCAUAGAGAAUGUAACUAUUGUGUUGAUUUCUGUUGCCUGAUGGGAGCAUGAUUUUUAAGUGGGAGAACAUCAUAUUUUGAUAGGGAGAUGUGCUUUUGCAAAAUUUGAAACAGGGUGCUGCUGAAGUAGUUAGUAAACAUCUAAAUUUAAAAAAUAUAAGAAUCAGCAUGCACCAAUUGUUUGGGUUUUUGAGACAGUUUACAUUUGUCAAUGUUUUCCUUUGUAUUUUUCAAAGAAAACAGGUGGACAUGAUUUAUACUUUGAUGUGUUUCACUUUAAGGUAAUACUCAUAUUUGGGAACUUCGUAUGAAAGCAAAUUUAUUUUUCUUGCAAUGUUUACUUUUGUAUCCACGGUAUUGUGGAUCUGUCUUUUGUAUUAUAAAAUGUUUGAUUUAGUAAUAACUAAAGUCAUUUACACAUUUCAUAGAGACCACAGAUCUGUUUUAUCUGUUGGCUUCACCAACCAUAAAGAGUGACUCAUACAGCGAGAAACUCUUUGUGACUCUUUGUUACGUGACACUCUUCAGUGCAAAACACCACCAGACCAAAAUGGCAGCAUAAUAUUUUUUUAAAGUUUUAUUUAAAUAACAUAGAAAUACAGUCAUUCAAACUGCAGAUCGCACGCUAAAACAAUACAGUGAGCGCUUGGUUGACCUUUGAGCAAGUGGGGAAAGUUAUAGUAAGUUGAUUAUACAGUAUUUUUUUCCUUUAAUCUUGGGAGGGGUAGUUUUGGUCUGGUGCUUAAUUUUGUAUGGUGCAAGUAUGUGUGGUGUGCAUGUAACCUUUCACCAGGUUUUGGUUACUCCCUCAUUUAAAUUUGCUUAAAAAUAUAAAGAGGACAAAACUGAGUCAUAGUUCUGAAUAAAAUUUUUUUUUUUCAAUUUAUUGAUAGCAUUACAUAUUUACCUCUUUCAGCACAUUGAACUGUAUUGUGUUUAGUUUUAGUUUAUUCCUUGUUACUCAUUAAGGAGCAUAGGGCUGCAUUUAGAUAAUUUAAAGCACUUUAAUUCUGCUCAUUUUUGGUACGGGUUCUCGUAUUGUCAGUCUAGGCAAAGUUACAGACUGGUUUUGAUAAUUUUUCUAAUGUAGUCAAAGAUUGGCUGCUACUGUAACUCACAUUCUUGUCACAGUUCUGGUGAUGUUUUUUAAAUUAGUAAUUAUACUUUAUCAAGUUAGUCAUAUGUUGCAUUAAUAAUUUAAUUGGAAGCCCUCACUCUUGGUGUUGUAUUUUGAUUCCUUUUAUGUGUAGUCCUUAUAAAAUUUCAUUUUAGCAGUCACUUUGAGACUCAUGUGCAAGCAUAAAACUGAAAAAGAGACAAGGCCACGCUUCCUUUUCUUUGUUUUGAGCCUGUAGCAUUUCUUCUCAUUUUGAAACACACACACCACACGCAAAAGCUCGCAUUCAGAUAUUUCCAUAGGUCUUGUAUGCCUGAGAAGGAUACAUCUUGUCAGGUUUUCCUCAUUACAGCCAACUCUCUGUUGGCAGACCAUAAAGUGUAACAUGUCUGAUCACCGCUGAGGGAUAUGUUGUCCUGUUAUGGAAUCCAACCAUUCUAUGCUCAGGUUGACCAUGAGGUAGGAACUAAGGCACCUAGGCUUACACACCUUUUCUGAAGCUUUCUUGGAGUGCAACCUAGGUAGAUAAUGGUCAGUCAUCACACUUUAAUGCCAGAUCCAAGAGAAGACAGAGUACAAGAUGUAUCAUGCACAAGCAUAUUAUACUCAUAAUACUAAGCAGUCAGGUGUUAUUCCUGCCAGAGCCACAAGAAUAAGGUUGUUUCUUUUAUUAAAUAGAUUAUGUAAGAUGUUAUCUUGACAGAAGUCCUUCGUAGGCUGAUUUCAAACUGUAAAACUGAAAAAAUCCACAGAAAACAAUCCUUCACAUUGUAAGCUGGGCUUUAUCUCAAUUUCUAUACAUAAAAGAGGGCACUUUUCAUUAGGGCACAAACAUCCUAUAAAUAGAAAAAAAAACCAAACAUCCAAUCUAUGUCAUUUUCUUGUAAACAAAUAACAACCAACAUUCUUUUUCUUUCUGUUCAAUAGUGAUUGCUUAAAAAUAAGUUGAAACAUUUAUUAAUUGAAAUUUCAUGCAUGAAUUUCAGAUUACAAGUGAUCAUAAUUUGUCUACAGUGUUGAUGUUUAGAUUCUCCACUGAAUGUGUGCAUAAUUAACAUGAAAUAAAGCAUGAAAAGUAUUUCUUUUACAGAAUAAAGUUUGGUACAUUGUUUUCACUGAA